CUCAGCGGGCAGGGCCAGGAGGGGCGGCGGUGAGCCCCGCGGGGCGAGGAGAGGACAACGUGGGACAGGAAGUGGCCUCAGCGCACCAGCAGCUUCCCCAGGGUUAUUUGUAGAGAGCGCACAGGGCUGGAGGAGGAGGGGAGUGCGUGGGGUGGUUUUCCAGCUCCCGGGGGAAAUGUCCCUGCACUGGGAUGAGCGCAGAGAAAGGCACCACCAAAGCGCCUGCUGGAACGCCCGCACCGGGCUGGCACCCUGCUCUUGUUCGAGGUGGGAGUCACCCUCACCGAAGCCAGCGGUCAAUCGGUAGCCUACAGCAGCUGGAAGAAGAUGACAAGUAGCUUCCAUUUGAUGCGAUAAGGGAGAAGCGGGGGGCAACGUGGUGAAAGUGGCGAUCUGGUCUUGCCAGAGCACUCGGAAUGCCUCUGAGCAUCCACUCAGCAAGGUCGCUUCUGGGAAUGCAGCAGCAGGCAAAAGCAGGAGCUUCCAUGGGCAGUGGGCACGAGUCCUCGCUCUGGGUGGUUAUACUCUGUUGUACUCUCAGUGGUGCUCACUGUCCGCAACAUCCUUCCAUUGUUAAUUCAGCAACAGCAGCUUUCCAUGCAGAACUAAUAAUUAGCUGAGCUUUUACAUCACCACUCGGCUGCCUGCACAGUCACAUUAAUUUUUAAACAAAUAGUCGGUGAAAGAGCCUACAAAUGCAGGGGCCACAUUCUUCACUGGGGAAAGCAGGUGCUGCUCCUCUGAACACAGUGAAGUGACAGCCACGAACAGUGGAGUGGGAUUUGAUGUUAUUAUGUGUGAAGCCUGGGCUGCGCAUCAGUUGCGCUUUUUUGCCCUUGCCAGUGGCUGUGCCUUUUCCCGUGUAUUAGUUCAUUCUUUGUGUUUGUAUCUAGAUCCAGAGUGGGCUUCUUACAAACUUGGAAUAUUCAUUUGUUUGAAUUGCUCUGGAAUCCAUCGCAAUCUUCCUCAAAUCAGCAGGGUCAAAUCCCUUCGGCUUGACUUCUGGGAGAACGAUCUUACAGAGUUUAUGAAGAAGCAUGGGAACCUCUGUGCCAAAGCUAAAUAUGAGGCGAAAGUCCCUCCCUACUAUUACAUCCCUCAGUCCUGCGAUUGCCUGGUUUUAAGAGAGCAAUGGAUUAGAGCUAAAUAUGAGCGUGAGGAAUUUGUUGCCACCCGAGUCUGCCAAGAUCCUUGUUCUGCAGGUAGCCGUGAAGGAUUCCUCUGGAAGCGUGGGCGGGAAAGCAGACAGUUCCAGAAGAGGCGAUUUCUCCUAUCAGCAAGGGAAGGGGUGAUGAAGUACUACAUCAAAGAAUCCAGAGGUCCAAAAGCCAUUAUCAACAUUGAGAAUCUGAAUGCAAUGUUCCAGACAGAGAAAAUCCAACACGCUCAUGGGCUGCAGAUCACGUACAACACAGAUGGUCAAACAAGGAACCUUUUUGUCUAUCACGAAAGUGGAAAGGAGAUUGUUGACUGGUUCAAUGCCAUUCGGGCAGCACGUUACCAUUAUCUCAGAACAACCUUCCCAACUGUCCCUGAGCCUGAGCUCAUACCCAGGAUCACAAGAAAUUAUGUCAAAGAAGGAUAUAUGGAGAAAACAGGACCAAAACAGAAAGAGGCCUUUAAGGUGCGCUGGUUCUGCCUGGAUUCUCAAGAAAGGAACCUGAUGUACUUUAAAAAUCCACUGGAUGCAUUUGCACAGGGCCAGGUUUUUAUUGGAAGGAUGGAUGAGGGAUACGAAGUACGAGCUGGCUUGCCCCAGGGAGUCCGGGUGAAGAAGAGGAAACCAGCGAUCACGGUGGUCACACCAAUAAGAGAGUUUGUGUUUAUAUGUGAGAAUGAUAGGGAGCAGAGGGAGUGGAUAGAUGCCUUAAAUGGAGUCAUUGCCCAGCCUUUGACUAGUUAAGACUAGCGCUGAGUUCUGCUGAACUGCACUUCCUGGGCUCUAUUCAGCACUGCUCUGUGGCCUCUUUCUGUUGGCAAGGAUGGUGCUCAAGGCCCUGCAGUGACUCCAGUUCAAAGGGCUUCUUCCUUCAGCAGCCACAGGCACAGAAAGGGGGGCAACAGAGAAAUGAGUAAGAGGGAGUGCGGAUAUUCAGAAAUUAUCUGUGCCCCUGCAGAACCUUGCUUGAAGUUCCUUCUCUCUUCCUACCCUUCUCUGCUUUUGAGCAGAGGAGGCCUUCCUAGCCUGACGUAGGGAUGAAUCAUCCAGUGUUGUCUUAUGGAAAAAAAAAAAACAAAAUCAAUGGAGAAACUCUGACCCCAGAAGGACCGACAUGCAUUUCCUUGAGGACUCCUGCAAGUGCUGUUAUAUCAGCUCCUCCUCUUCUUGCCUUGGGCUGAUGGCAGAAGGACUCCUGUAUAUCCUGAAGGAUGUACUGACAAUCCAGCCAGCGGCAUAUAUCCUUGGGCUGAUGGCAGAAGGACUCCUGUACAUCCUGAAGGAUGUACCUGACAAUCCAGCCAGCAGCAUAUAUCCUGCCAGUGAAUAGGAUCAUCUGCUGCAUGAAUACACAGGGACAGUGACUGAGAGGCAAAGAUACCGUAUCCUACCAGGAGGAUGGCGGGUGUCCUGUUGAAUAAAUCUAAGAUACCAAGUCAUGUUGAAGUUACCGGCUGUCCUUCUCAGGGAGGAGCAGUGUCAGGCAGCUACACUCCACCUGGCUGCAGCUCCUGUUCAGAAAGGGACAUGGUUGUUUUCAACAGAGUGGGUUUAAUGUCUUUUACAGUGUUACAUUUCUGGUACAGUAGAAAAUAAAAGUCAAGUUUGAAUUGUGGAGGAUACUGUAAUGGAAUCACUCUAAUGAUGACAAGUACUCCUAGCUCCUCGCUUUCAACAGUCUCUGCUGUUUGACUUUUUUAUGAGUGGCAAAUCCAACAUGUGAAGACCAAAUUUUUCCAAAGCAAUGCCACAUAGUGCCCCAACAAACACAUAGUGAGUACAGGAUGAACAUAUGCUGAUCUGUCUCACCUCCUAAAAAACAGCUGAAGCUUAAUGAGCUUGAUUAUGAUUGAAAGGCAGAAACUAGUUUCAGAAGUGUUAUCUUCAGUGACUUCCUUGAAGACACUCAAUGAAUGAGGACCAGUGCUGGAAGUGGAGAGUGGGUGCGUCCCAAUCAGGUACCACUUACAUCCGUUCUGUGCAGGAAUUGGUGAAGAUUUGCAUUGGCUGAUACAGCGCACUGAGUAUUUUCUUGCCUCAAGACCAAGUCUGAGAUCUGGUUCUACCAAGCAGCCAGUCAUUCAGAUAUUUAAUUCUUCUUUUCCAGAUAGCCUUAGUUUGCAAAUUGAGAGGAAGUCUUGCAGACUAAGUUUCUGGUGAGGCUUCCACCUUUUGCUAGCUAUUGCCAGCUAGUCUGAGAUACCCAGAAUAGUUCUCCUCUUCUGCAGAAAUGAGGAAGUGCCAAUACUUGCAGGGAUUAGUGAGAUUAACUUUUUUUUCCCCCCACAAUAGUGCAGAAGACUUUUUUGAGUUGGAUCAUCAUUCUGCCCGUCUCAGCCAGCUCAUCACCAUUCAACUCUGAGCAAUCUGCAGCAGUUUUGCUUGCUGUGAUAUGCGCUCAUAAACUUCCCUGUGUUCCCACUCUCUCUCUCCCCCCACAACCCCAUUAAGUCUAGCUCAUAUGCUGGUUCAGUGAAGCUUUUUAACAACCUAAUGCUGCAGCCCUUGAAGCAAAGCACCUUCUGACUUGUACGAGGAACAGCGUCAGUCUUCGUCUGACCUAUGUUGUUAUUUUGAGAGGAACUGAGUAACCCAGGAUGACCUCAGAAGAGUUCAGUCCAUCCAGUAGCCUAAACUUCACAGGGAUGGGGCUCUGCAAGUCCCACUGCGCUGUGUUGCUUCCUUUCCCAGACGGGUUGGUAGACCAGCCAUGUCAGCAAAUCUGAGUUGUUACAAAACCGGGAAAUUCCCUGUGAAAACGAAAUCGUGCAAAUAACGGCAACUUUUUUUGAGAGUCGGUAAAAGUCAAGGCCAGGUCACGGAGAGCUUUGCGUCACAGUUCAUUUCUACGGUGCAACCCUCGGACCAAGUCGCCAGCAGAGGAGGAGAUGGGCCAGUGCCGGCCUUGCUGAC